AUGUCUUUCCUCUCGGCACUUUGCGGGUGCUUCGCCCAAGACGAGAAGCCCUCUCAGUCCCAUUCAUCCCCAGAGAUGAUGAGCCAAAGACCCAACACCAACAAUAUCCAGACAGGAAGCUAUACGCUUUCUACGCAAGGAGAAUUCUUUCGCUCGGCAUCUCCAACCGGGGGCCAUGGGCACGGACCCCCGCCCUCUGACUCGGAGGAUGGGGGCUAUUCCAGCGUGGUCCCUCUCCCGCAGUACACAGCCCGUCCAAUGAGCCUCCACGAGAAGACUCUAGAAUCUCAUAUGCGCGAUCCACCUAUUUCCUCUGAUUCUCAGAACUCCUACCCCCAUGAUGAAAAGAACGCCAAUCAUUACGACGAAGAUGUAACCUCCGAUAGUUCAUCGGCCAUUUCCUUUCCAAGCAGUUACGGCAACACCUCAACCGCAACGAGGGAUACUCCACCGCCGCCGUACUCCCCCCGUCACUCAGUAGCGUUGUGUCGCUCGCGGUCCAUGUCUAUAUCUUCCGCUAUGGCGGUCAUCAUUAAUCCGCCUCCCGCUGCCCGCAUGAACGGCUCGCGGACUGGACCUACAUACUCCGAGGAAGAUGACCGGUCCAUUCGUCGUCACCGUCGGGCUUCUUGGGAGAGCCGGUGA